CUGGUGUGUGCUGUAUGGAGUGCGGCUCUCCUCUUCUCCGAGGCCCGGGGAGAGCAGGGGGAGUUCAGCCCGGGACAGUCUGCGGCCUCCCUGCCCCUGGGUGCAGUUGCGGCAGAGAGGAGGUAUCUGUUGUAUGAUGUGAAUCCUCCAGAAGGAUUUAAUCUGCGCAGAGAUGUUUAUAUUCGUAUGGCCUCACUUAUAAAGACGUUAAGAAAGAGUUCAGAGUGGGUGCUGGUUCUGCCUCCCUGGGGGAGGCUUUACCACUGGCAGAGUCCUGACAUCCACCAAAUACGCAUUCCUUGGGCUGAAUUCUUUGAUCUCGACAGCCUCAACAAAAAUAUCCCUGUGAUUGAAUAUGAAGAUUUCUUAGCUGAAUCUGGAGGGCCAUUUAUUGACCAGGUGUACGUCCUGCAAGGCUAUGCUGAAGGAUGGAAAGAAGGCACAUGGGAGGAAAAAGUGGAUCAGAGACCUUGCAUUGAUAAACUCAUGUACUCUGAGGAUAAGAAUGGCUAUUACAGAGGCUGGUUUUGGGGCUAUGAAGAGACCAGAGGUUUAAAUGUCACAAUGUCUUUCAAUACAAGGUUCUGCAUCUAUUAUUGCAUCGGUGCUUCUGAAAAACACAACAGCAAGGUCAGUAAUGUUAGACCGUGCUGAGAAUCUUCUACAUGAUCAUUAUGGAGGCAAAGAUUAUUGGAAUACACGGCGCAGUAUGGUGUUUGCUCAGCAUUUACGAAUAAUUGGGGAUGAGUUCCGAGCUCAUUUACUCCAAUCUAAUGAUGAAGCAGACAAAACCAUAUUCAAGGAAGACUGGACAAAGGUGAAGACAAAGCCAAGCACACCUCUAGGAGGACCUUAUCUUGCUGUACAUCUUCGAAGGAAAGACUUUAUUUGGGGCCACAGGGAAGAUGUGCCUAGCUUACGACGAGCAGCUGAAGAAAUCCAUAGUCUCUUAAAGAAGCAAAAACUCAAGAAAGUAUUUAUUGCUACUGAUUCCGACAGACAAGAUCUUGAAGAACUUCGAAAGUUGAUCCCAGAAAUGGUGAGUAUGAACCCACCUGGGAAGAGCUGGAGCUGUACAAGGAUGGAGGAGUGGCAAUUAUAGAUCAGUGGAUCUGUGCUCAUGCCAGGUAUUUUAUUGGCACUUCCGUUUCUACUUUCUCUUUUCGCAUUCAUGAAGAGAGAGAAAUUUUAGGUUUUGACCCAAAGACGACCUAUAACCGAUUUUGUGGAGACCAAGAAAAGAAAUGUGAGCAGCCGACACACUGGAAAAUUGUCUAUUGA